AUGAAUAAACUGGUGUUCGAAGCGGUACUUCUUGGUGAAGAUGGUGUUGGUAAGAAAAACAUUAUCGAUAGGUAUGUUUAUGGAGAAUUUGACAGAAUAUAUGAACCAACUAGAAGAGACAAAUUUAUUACAACUUUGACUGUUGAAAGUCAACUUAUUGUUGUGGAAUUUAACAAGAUGUUUUUUUCAAGUUAUUCUUUUUUGGAUUAUUAUAUCAGAAAAAGUAGCGUGUUCUUUUUGGUGUACUCAAUAACUUCAAUUUAUUCAUUUAAAAAAAUACAAGAGAUGAGAGACAUGGUUAUACAAAUUAAAUGUUGGGACAACAAAACAGGUUUACCUAUUGUGUUAUGUGGAAAUAAAUGUGACUUGGAAAGUGAAAGAAAAGUGACAACAGAAGAGGGUCAAAAAUUGGCAGAUGAAUUUCAAUGUGCAUUCUUCGAAACAUCUGCAAAAAACAAUACAAAUUUGGAUGUAAUGUUUCAAGUUGUUGUUAAGGAUUUAUUAAAUUAUUCCAAAUCAAUAAAAAGUUUAAAUAUAGAAUUAACAAAACAAAAGAGUCAUAACAAAAACAUUGGCUGUUUGCUAGUAUAA